ACGACGUCGUAUGAGAGCAAGCAGAAUCAGGAAAAGCCUUUCCACUUGGGAUAAGCUGAAAGAUUAUCUUUCUAGCAGGGAAAACAAAAUGUACAGCGGAGCUCCGUCCGGCGGAAUAGGAAUUAGCGGCGGCGUCGGAAGAGGAAGAGGAGGAGGAAGAACAUGGCCUUCGACGACGUCAGUAUCGUCAUCAGGGAAGAGAAUACAGAAGGAAAUGACAGAAUUAAGUAUGGAACCACCACCAGAUUGUGCAGCUGGACCUAAAGGAGAUAAUCUUUACCAUUGGGUUGCUACACUCUUUGGUCCACAUGGAACACCUUAUGAGGGUGGAAUAUUUUUUCUUGACAUAACCUUUCCUUCUGAUUAUCCAUUUAAACCUCCAAAGGUUGUAUUCAAAACUCGCAUAUAUCAUUGUAAUGUAGAUCCUUCCGGCAAUGUUAGCUUGGACAUCCUAACAGAGAACUGGAGUCCAGCGUUAACAAUCUCAAAGGUGCUACUUGCUCUGAGAUCAAUGUUCACUAAUCCUGAAACCUAUAAGCCGGUUGUUCCUGGUAUUGCACACUUAUACUUGGGAGAUAAAGCCAAACAUGAUGAAAUAGCUGCACAGUGGACACUGAGAUUUGCAAGGUGAAAGAAGAACGUGAUGUGGAACUUUUUUAACAAGUUCAGGUCAGCCACUGCUUAGUUUGAAGUUUAACAAACAAAGAAGAACUGUUGUAAACGAUAUUUAAACUUACAACCUGUAUAUAAUUCAUAUAAAUAAAUUCGACUUCUGUUA